GGGGGGACAGGCUGGAGGGUCCCGGCUCAAAGAUAAAACAGUGAGCCAGACGAACGGAGCUGGGGAGCUGGAGAAAAGAAGAGAUUUAAAAGAAGAGAAAAGACGGAGUCACAGUAGAAAGAGUUGCGGAAGAAGAAAGAGGCGAGAAAAGGCGACCGGCAGCCAGACAGGCUCAGGGAUCGCCAGCCUCUAGUUUUGCGGAUCCCUGAAGGUGACUUUGUGUCUAGGCGUCUGCGUGCUGGGAUAGUAAAUACCAUGUCCGGGGUGCCACCCUACGAAGACAUUACGGUCCCAUUCUCUCAUUACCACUACUGAGUUGGAAUUUGUGGCCUCCAGGUCCUUGUCUGCGAGAAUGCCGCCCUUCUACCCCAAAGAGCCCAUGAACUUCUUCCAGGACCCUCGCUUCCCCGGCUGCCCUCCUGGCCACCCACCUUUAAGUGCCAACAUCACACGGAGAAAUGAGCCCUUUCCCAAACUGGCCAGGUGUCCCGGGUAGAGCGAACCGGCCUCCAUCCUUGGAGGAGAGAAAGCAGAAGUCUCAUCGCUCCGGGACUUGGGCCGGCGGCCGCUCCCUCCCUCCCGUGGCCCGGGGCGCGCGGAUUUCCCUCCGGCAGACCGCACAGCGCGGCGGUGGCCGCAGUUUUCCGCAGCGCUCCGGGACUGGCCCGCCCGCGAGCUGAGGGAAAUAAGGCAGCACCGCAGAGUCCGCUGCGCCGCGCAUUUCCUUGGGCUGACUCCUUAAAGAAGCCUCCUUCGCUUUCCUUCCUUCCCGGCAUCGAAAAGUUUGCUGAAGCUGAAACAAGCAGAGUGGGGGAGAUCUUAGCUAAAACAUCACCCCUUUCAAAAGAGUGAAUGAAGGCGCUUGCGCACUGGCGUUCAACGCUGGGAGACCCCAGCGCCGUAGGGCAGCUCCCGCAAUCUGUGUGCUCGCCUGAGCCCCAAGUCUUCGGUGAAACGGGAUCUGACGGCCAAGUCGGCUAUGACUGCGACCGGUUGGCUGGAAAGUGUGUGCACACACUUGACACACUCGAGGGCGCCUUCCGGGCCCCCCAACUUGGGUUUCACAGUCACUGGGUUCGACUGGCGCCGCCGGAAAACGCAGCUUGAGUGGGGAUCGCGUUGGCCCCAGGAAAGGAGCGGGGUCGCCCUGUCCCGGGCCCACUUUGAGAAGCAGCCUCCCUCCAACUUGAGGAAAUCCAACUUCUUUCACUUCGUCCUGGCGCUCUAUGACAGGCAGGGCCAGCCGGUGGAGAUCGAGCGGACUGCUUUCGUGGACUUUGUGGAGAAUGACAAAGAACAAGGCAACGAGAAGACCAACAAUGGCACUCACUACAAGUUACAGCUCCUCUACAGCAACGGUGUCCGCACGGAACAGGACCUCUAUGUCAGGCUCAUCGACUCGGUCACCAAGCAGCCCAUCGCGUACGAGGGACAGAAUAAGAAUCCGGAAAUGUGCCGAGUUCUCCUGACGCACGAAGUGAUGUGUAGUCGAUGCUGCGAAAAGAAAAGCUGUGGAAACCGAAAUGAGACUCCAUCAGACCCGGUCAUAAUUGACAGAUUCUUUUUAAAAUUUUUCCUCAAGUGCAAUCAGAAUUGUUUGAAAACAGCAGGAAACCCAAGGGACAUGAGACGGUUUCAGGUUGUGUUGUCAACAACAGUGAACGUGGAUGGACACGUCCUAGCUGUUUCUGACAACAUGUUUGUUCAUAACAACUCCAAACAUGGACGGAGAGCAAGAAGACUUGACCCAUCAGAAGCUACCCCCUGCAUCAAAGCCAUUAGCCCGAGUGAAGGCUGGACCACAGGAGGAGCCAUGGUCAUCAUCAUUGGGGACAACUUCUUUGAUGGUCUCCAAGUGGUGUUUGGGACCAUGCUUGUAUGGAGUGAGCUAAUAACCCCUCAUGCCAUCAGAGUACAGACUCCUCCCCGGCACAUCCCAGGCGUGGUGGAGGUGACAUUAUCUUAUAAAUCUAAACAGUUCUGCAAAGGAGCCCCAGGAAGGUUCAUUUACACAGCAUUAAAUGAACCCACCAUAGACUAUGGCUUCCAGAGACUGCAGAAGGUCAUCCCUAGGCACCCUGGAGAUCCUGAGAGAUUAGCUAAGGAAAUGCUGUUGAAAAGAGCUGCAGAUCUAGUGGAAGCUCUUUAUGGCACACCACACAAUAACCAGGACAUCAUUUUGAAGCGAGCCGCAGACAUUGCUGAAGCCCUUUACAGCGUCCCCAGGAAUCCCAGCCAGCUUCCAGCCCUCUCCAGCUCCCCAGCACACAGUGGCAUGAUGGGAAUCAACUCCUAUGGCAGCCAGCUUGGGGUCAGCAUCUCAGAGUCAACACAAGGAAAUAAUCAAGGGUACAUCCGCAACACAAGCAGCAUCUCUCCGCGGGGAUACUCUUCCAGCUCCACGCCUCAACAGUCUAAUUACAGUACCUCCAGCAACAGUAUGAAUGGUUACAGCAACGUCCCCAUGGCCAACCUGGGUGUUCCAGGAUCACCAGGAUUUCUAAAUGGCUCACCCACCGGCUCUCCUUAUGGAAUCAUGUCAUCGAGUCCCACCGUCGGGUCUUCCAGCACAUCCUCCAUCCUCCCAUUUUCCUCUUCAGUUUUUCCUGCUGUCAAACAGAAGAGUGCCUUUGCCCCUGUCAUCAGGCCCCAAGGCUCCCCUUCACCUGCCUGUUCCAGUGGCAAUGGAAAUGGAUUCAGAGCCAUGACCGGACUUGUUGUACCCCCGAUGUAAAGAAGAACUGCUUUCUUAUAGCACAAAACUACUUACUCUGAUGGACCAAUAAUGAAGAAAGCACUAUGAGCUCUUACGGGGGUGUAGUGGUGCCCCCACAUGAACACGAUGGACACCCUUGGGUCUGCAAGGAGCCGGCAUCUUACUUGGUCCCACGUCCUCCUAUAGCUCUGACGGUGGCUACACAAACUGACCCUCUUGGGGACAAGGACAAAAGGUGUCAUUGACGUAGUCAGUGCUAAGAGCAGAAAUGCAAUUCUUUGUUACGAACAUUAUGAAAACCACCUUCCUAUGUUUGUAAAAUAUUUAAGAAAAAAUUGGCAAACAAUUAAUGCUUAAUAUUUUGGAUACUAUUUGUUUUUCUUUGUAGGAAAAGAAAAGUUGAAAGUUUCUAUUUUCUAUGAAGCCUUUCAGAUACCAAUUUAGUUUAUGCAGAAAAAAAUUGAACAAAACAGGGUACCAGCAUGGAAGACUUUCUUAAAACGCAACCUGAAUUGAAUGAUGAAAUGUUGUAUGUGUGUUUGCUUAUAGCUUAAUCUCUAAAAAAAAAAAUGAACAAAAAAAGGGAAAAAUUUUAAAAUGUUUUACAAUUAUUUAAAUAAAUAAACGUGUAACUUAUUGUAAGUAGAGGUAGAAAUUAAGACCUUUUUUUUGGAAGAGAGAGGGAUUUCUCUUCCUGAUGUAAAAUGAAAAUGAUGCAAACAUGUAGUAACAAGUUUUAAAGGUGUGUGAUUAUUACUGCAGUUACUUACUAGACUCUUAUCCCCUGUCCUGCACCCCCUCCUUUUCCAUCAUUUUAUUGACCCAAGGGCAAGAACAUGUAGAAUCCCACAGAACAACCUAAUGCAGAAACAGAGACUCUAGCACAUGCACACACAAAUACUCCAACCCAUCAAUUCAUUCCCAGUUCCAUCUGAUUUCUAAAUAGUCCACAGUCUGUGAAUAUUUUUUAAAAAUUCAUAUUAUUAGUUUUCAACAUUCUCUCCUGAGCAAUCCAGAGAAUUCCUAUCUUUGAGUGUGUCUCAGGCUUUCAGCAUCCCAAGGAAAGAAGCGUCUCACCUUCUA